AUGCUCGUGAUAAAGUGUCACUCAGUAAGCGCCGGACCGCCCAUCGCUCGCCCCCGCCUCAUCUCCGUGUGCGCCAUCGCGCUCACUGUACCCAUCAUCGAAUCCGGCCUCGCCACCGUGAAUAACAGCGACGGAGAGUCCGGGGACAGCACCGAAGAUUUCAUCCAUUUUCGGCAGGUGGGCGCAUCAGCGCGCCCACGUGGCAACGCUGCCCAGAUCUCGUGGUCCUCAUUCUGGCGGUACUCUCUUGCAAUUAUCGCCGUCAUGCAGGCUCUUCGACUUUGCUCCCGACGUUGCCAGCGACGUCUCGUUCACGGCCUCUCCCGGCGACCGCUCUCCACCGUGCCCUCGUCCUCGAGCGCAUCCUCUCUCCCUUGGUUCGUUGACCCCUCCGACGCGCUACCCACAAAGCCUACCACGCAACCCCGUCGGCCUGCCCUCGCCGAUGUCCGUCCAUUGCCGUCGGUGAUCCCACCGGGCAGCCCGGUUGCACAGCUCCACAGUGCACUGAGCACGUCGCCCCACCUCGAGCCGGGCAUGCUUUUCGUGCGGGAGCCCAUCCCGACAGACGUGGGCCCGCCCCUGCCGGACGCGGUGCCAAAGGGGCGGCGCAAGCGCGGACGGACGUAUGCAGGGGAGGGUGUGCAGGAUCACACCGGGGGCAUUUGGAGCUGGAUUGUCCUUGCACAGGUGAAGGAAGGGACGGAGAAGAGAGGCGCAAUCGAGUCUGUCGUGCGCAUCGUGCGGAAGACGCUGUUGACGGCGGACCCGCCCCUCCCGCUUCCGCCCAACUCAAAACGUCGCGUGAGCGACGGGUGGGCCAUGAUAGAUGCGGGCGAGUUUGCCGUGCAUGUUACGCAGAAUCAUUCCACCGAGAUCGUGGGCUCUGCGAACCCAAGCGACAGUCGCGACGUCUGGGCCAGCGGUGCCGAGGCGACGCUGAAACGGUUCUGGAAGACAGUCGGAAUUGACGCUCGGGAAGAUGGUUUUGUGGUCACACUAGACAAGCGGCCUCUGCGGACACCUAGCGGAAAGCACCUCAUCCUGCCGCGGAAUAAGCGGCUGGUCGCCACCUUGAUUGCGUCGGAGUGGGAGAACCAGGAGACGCUGUUGAAGCCCCACACGCUCCCGAUGACAUCCAUCGCGUCCAGGGCGAUCGACGCAUUUUCCGACGAGGACACUCGCCGGGAGGUUCGUGCACAGCUGCUCAAAUAUUUUGAGACAGACACAAUAUGUUUCCACCACAGCGAGCCGGCGGCCCUUGUUGCGCUCCAAAAUGCGAACUGGAAGCCCAUUCUCGACUGGACACGGACGACAUAUAAUGUAGACAUCAGCACGUCGGACUCCCUCCUUCUAGGCCCACAUCCGCCAGAGACGGUACAAAAAUUGGAUGAGGUCAUGACGAACUUUGACCACUGGCAGAUGGCAGCCAUGGAACGCGCGACAUACACAUCAAAAUCAUUCCUCAUCGCGCUCGCCCUGGUGAUGAGGAGAAUAUCGGUCGAGCAGGCCGCUCAGGCUGCGCAUGCUGAGGUGAACAGUCAGAUCGAGCGUUGGGGUGAGGUCGAAGACUCACACGACGUGGACUAUCACGACAUGCGUCGACAUCUUGGCAGCGCUGCUUGCCUCAUAUCUAACUUUUAA